AUGGAUCCUGUCCAUACAACCGGUGACAAGCAAAUGACCGAGGAGGUAGACAAGACUAGUGGGUAUUCUAGGUACUCAAGCGGUCAGCCCGAGGUAGAUGUAGCGGGUAUGAUUAUAGAGGAAGUACUAAAGGGGGAACUGGAUCCUGAUACUGGCGCUCAACGUAUUGACGACCUUGUCCAGGUUCCGCUUAUAGUCCGUUCAUCAGAUGCAACUCCAUACCGGCCAUCAGAAGGUGAACAGACAACGGGUUUGGAAGCUAUGCAGCGGGAACUAUUGAGCAUCCUGCACGAUCUCUGGGAAUGGGAAAUCUACCCAGCAGGUGCAAGGAUCGAUACCGAAGAUCAUGAACAGCAUAAUCGAUUGGUUGAUCUGAUGUACUCGAUGAAGCAGCUUAGACAAAGAGAUAUGACCUUUUAUGGACCGCGUCUUAUGGUUUGGAAAGAUUUCCCCGACAUGAUUUCGAAUUGA